CUGUGUAACCGCGACACUGUUCCGACUAUUUUUCCUUCCGCCCUCCAUUGCUUUCUCCCCUGCAAUGGCAUCCGGGCUGGUGAGGCUGCUGUUGCUGCGGGGGCCUCGCUGCCUCCUGGCACCGGUCGUCCUCACUUCCGCCCCACCGGUUCGGGGAGUGAAGAAAGGAUUCCGCGCCGCCUUCCGCUUCCAGAAGGAGUUAGAGCGGUGGCGCCUGCUCCGGUCCCCGCCGCCGCCGGUGCGCCGUUCAGAGAAGCCCAACUGGGAUUACCAUGCUGAAAUACAAGCAUUUGGACAUCGGUUACAGGAAAACUUUUCCUUAGAGCUUCUCAAAACUGCAUUUGUUAAUAGCUGCUAUAUUAAAAGUGAGGAGGCCAAACGCCAAAAACUUGGAAUAGAGAAAGAAGCUGUUCUUCUGAACCUUAAAGAUAACCAGGAACUCUCUGACCAAGGGUCAUCUUUUUCACAAGCGUGCCUCACACAGUUUCUUGAGGACGCAUACCCAGACUUGCCCACCGAAGGCGUUCGAAGUCUUGUUGACUUUCUCUCUGGGGAGGAAGUCGUGUGUCAUGUGGCCAGAAACUUGGCUGUGGAGCAGUUAACGCUGAGUGCAGAAUUUCCAGUCCCCCCGGCUGUAUUACAGCAGACUUUCUUUGCGGCAAUCGGAGCCCUGCUGCAGAGCAGCGGACCUGAGAGGACUGCACUUUUCAUCAGGGACUUCUUAAUUACCCAAAUGACUGGAAAAGAACUCUUUGAGAUUUGGAAGAUAGCAAAUCCCAUGGGUCUCCUGGUGGAAGAACUGAAGAAAAGGAAUAUUUCAGCUCCGGAAUCUAGACUUACUAGGCAGUCUGGAAGCACCACAGCUUUGGCUGUGUAUUUCGUUGGCUUAUACUGUGAGAAAAAGUUGAUCGCAGAAGGACCCGGGGAGACAGUACUGGUUGCAGAAGAAGAAGCUGCUCGAGUGGCACUUAGGAAACUCUACGGACUCACUGAGAACAGGCGGCCCUGGGACUACUCCAAGCCCAAAGAGAAUUUAAGGUCAGAGAAGACCAUCGCUGCCAGCUAACCAGCCAAAGAUGUGGGAACCUGAAAUUUGUCAGCAUAGCAAUGAGACAGGUGUUCAAAGCUGGACAUUUUUCAAAUUGUAGAGAAGUAUAUCUUAUUCUUAAAAUUAAACAAGUAUUUGUCAGAUCA